AUGGAUAUCGACAGCAUCUUCAAGGCACCAACGGCCCCAGCAUCAAAAGGAGGUGUCAAACGCAAACUGGUAUCACCCGACGAGCUCUACAGGAAGAACUCACGUCACGCCAGUUACGAGGAACUCACAGGACGGACUUUCGAAGUCGGUUCCCAGGGCGAGGGAAGCUCUUCCUCGGCCAAGCGGAGGGCUGUAACCAUGGAGGAGGAUGAUGAGGACGGUGCCAGAGAUCGGUUUGAGGGAGUCGCGAAUCCCGAGGAAGAUGAAGAUGAUCGCUUCUUUGGCGAUGGUCUGACAAGCGAUCAGAAGGAUAUUCUCGACUAUGUCGAUGAGAUUGACCCUGAGGAGGAGCGCUUCGACUUGUCAGCGGUUCGAAAGAUGAUUCUCAAGUUUGAAAAGUCUAUUAACAAGAACCAAGAGAUGCGCGUCAAGUACCCUGACGAUCCUACAAAGUUCAUGGAGUCAGAGGCAGACUUGGACGAGGAAAUCAAGCGGAUGAUGGCCAUGACACAGGCACCUCAGCAUUACCCCGUUCUCGUAGAAUUGAACACCAUUUCCUCGAUUCUCUCACUUCUGACACACGAGAACCCAGAUAUUGCCAUCGACGCCAUUGAACUGUUGAAGGAGCUCACGGACGAAGAAGUGUUGAGCGUCGGGCUGGAAGAAGAUCAGGAGGUUGCAGGAAGUGAAGGCGAGGCCGGCAUGAAGGUCUUUGUCCAUGGACUGAUCGAUCAAGGACUUUUGGAUCUGCUGGUUCAGAACUUGGGCAGACUGGAUGAGGAAGAAACCAAUGAUCGUCAAGGAGUUUUCAACACAUUGGCUGUCUUUGAAAACUUGACGUCGAUUGAGGUUGCGUUGGCAGAGACGAUUGUUUCUAAGAGCGGGUUGUUGCCCUGGAUGAUGAAGCGUCUCAAGGUCAAGGCGUUUGAUUCCAACAAGCAAUACUGCAGUGAGCUUUUGGCUAUUCUUUUGCAGAGCAGUUCAGCAAACAGGAAAAGGCUGGGAGAAUUGGGAGGUAUUGACGACCUGUUGCAACUGUUGGCGGCGUACAAGCGCAAGGACCCCAAGGAUGACGACGAGAUCGAAGUGUUGGAGAACCUGUUUGAUGGAUUGUGCUCGGCUCUCGCAGAGAAGGAGAACAAGCGCCUGUUCUUGGAGGGUGAAGGUAUGGAGUUGAUGGUAAUCAUGAUCAAGGAGAAAAAGAUGGCCCGUAUUCGAUCUGUCAAGGUCCUGAACUAUGCCAUGUCGACCAAGGCUGGAACUGCCAACUGCCUGCGCUUUGUUGAGAUUAUGGGUCUUAAAACCUUGUUCUCUAUCUUUUCUCGAAACGGUAUUGAAAAGCUGAAGAAGGCAUACAAGUCAUUCUCGGAGGUUGAGGAGGAAGAGCAUUUGAUCGGAAUCAUGGCGUCGCUUGUCAGGAAUUUGCCUUUGGAAUCGGGACACCGUCUCCGAGUUGUCCGGAAAUUCGUCGAAGACGACUAUGCAAAGCUCGAACGCCUCGUGGAUCUCCGCGAAGGAUAUGAGGCACGCCUCAAGGCACUGGACGAAAAAAUUGAGCAAGAGAACAAAGAGCUCGAACUGACCCAGGAGGAGAUUGAAGAGGAGGAACCCACGAGGGCAUUACAGCGUCUGGAGACAGGACUAUAUGUGAUGCAGCAGAUUGAUCUCAUUAUUGCUCAUCUGUGCGCCGAGAAUUUGGAUCUUGACGAGGCGGUUGAGAGGGGCGAGAAGGAGAGUGAGAUGAAACUUAGGGUCAGGACGUUGUUGAACAGGAGGGGCCAGUCUUUGGAUGAUAUCCGGGAGAAUUUGAAGGGGUAUUUGGAUGGAUUGGAGGUCAAUACCGCGUUGGCAGAAGUUGCGAGGACAAAGUUGUUGGCACAGUCUGGGUCUGGUACGGCGUCUGAGGUCAUUCUGGCUGGUGCGAAGGGGAAGGGGAAGGCAAAGGAGGAAGAGGAGGGUGAGAUUCGGAACAGUAGCAGCAAUGUGGAGGAGCCAACGGAGGAGGAGGAGGCGGCGCUUGAGGCGCUUGAGGCCAAGGAGUCUGCUCAAUACAUGCUUUCCUUGCUCAACUAA